GGGCGGAGAGGGGCGAAGGGGGAGUUUGGGAAAGAAUGCGAGGAAUUCAUUUCCUGUAGAACAGCUCUGAGAACGAAGGAGGAGACGAGGAGUUCGUGGAGAAGGAGCUCUAUCUCCUGCUCUCCUGCUGGAUUACUGACUCCACUCUCCUCCCAGCACCUCCCGACUCAGGAGGAGCAGGAGGAGGAGAGGGAGGUGCACGAUGGCUGAGCCCCUGCUGAAGAGGACCUUCUCCAGGCUGAGAGGCAGAGACAGAAGCCGCAGGAAGACCGACCCCAAACUGAGCGAGGCUCCAGUCCGGCCCGACAAUGUCUUCCAGUCCUCUUCCUCACCAUCGUCACCAACACUUACAGACCCCGACCCCCCAUCGCCUCCUCGAAACCAUAUCACAGUGGCGAAGAAACAGCAGUGGGCGCGUCAGGGCUCUGCAGCUCCACCCACCUUCUUGACCUCAAGCUCCACCAUCACACUCUCAGACCAGGAGAGACCCACAGGGAUAUCUCAGGAUGCAUCUGGGCAGGCCUUGAGCCAUAGGCUGGUGCAAGACAAGAUGCAGCAGUGUGCUGACAGGAUGUGCACCAGUCUGGCCUGGGAUAAGACCAGUGCGUCCUGUGUUAGCACAACAAUGCAACAGGAAUCCUACUACCCAGCAGGGGACCCCGCUGAAUCUCCCUCCACCUCCGUCAGUGCCAAGCUGUCUGGCCAGCGCGCCUACCUGCAGAGCCUGGAUCGUAGCAGCCGAGCCUGGGUGCUUUCUUCAGGAAAGACUGCAGAUGAAGUGUGCGACCCUCAGGAGGACAGUGGCAGCAACAUCUGGUACAACCCGAUCCCCGAGGAGGAGGACUUAGGAGGUCUAUGCCGGGACGAGGAUGUAUGGAAGCGGAGGGCAAAAAAAGAUGAGCCUAGUGCUGGAACAGACAUUGGCAGAGGUUGUAGCAGUGCCAGUCCACUGGAGGACUUUCAGUGCUCCAGCCUCCCCAAUCCAAGUGUCAGUCACCAUAUUGAUGACAUCAAAGCAGAAAAUACAGACUCUCCUCCAGACUCUAGUCCCGCCUCCCAAAAGAAAGGGGGUGUGUCAGGAAGUAUGAUUGACAGGUUGAGGUCUCCUGGUACGGUAAGAAAACUCUCUCUAAAGAUGAAGAAACUUCCCGAGCUGCGCCGGAAACUCAGUCUCCGCUCAUCUUCUCGGGCCCAUCGGCAAACAAAUGACAAUAGAGGAAGCGGAGAGGAGUCGGCUGGUAAGAGCACGGCAUCAUUAUUGGCGCUCUCCAACCAGAACGUGAUCAGCAAGUAUCAUCUGGACAGCUCCACCUCUCCAGCCCGACCACAGCGACGGUCAUCAAGAGGAUGCUCAGCCAGUAAAGGAGGGUAUCUUAGUGACGGGGACUCCCCUGAACUACUGCCACGACAGCAGCCCUCUCAACACGUGAUCACCCAGGAUGGGCCCUGUGACGUCAGCUCAUUCCAGCUGUACGUGGGCUCCGACCCGCCGAGAUGCAGCCAACGGGUGACGGGUUUACUGACUGUCCACUUGCUGGGGCUGGAGGAGAUGAAGACCAGCAGGUCAGAGGGCAGUAAGGAAGUCUUCCUGGUGAUACAGAUUGAUGGGGCGACGAGAGCGAGGACUGCCCUCCUGAUGCUGCGAGGCUCGGCCCUCCCCUUAAACCACACUUUCCACCUGGAGCUAGAGCGAGCCAGGCAGCUCCGCAUAGUGGUAUUAACACCAGAAAUUGUGUGUCUGCAGCCCAACGGUGACGCAUCCACCCCGUCCUCUGUGUUUGGGGUUGAGCUCCACCACCUGGUGGAGAAAGAGGGCUCUGCAACUCCCGUCCCCCUGCUGAUCCAGAAAACAGUGGCAGAGAUCGAACGACGGGGACUGAAGGUGGUAGGUCUUUACAGGCUCUGUGGCUCUGCUGCGGUGAAGAAGGAGCUCAGGGAUUGGUUCGAAAGGAACAGCUCAGCAGUUUGUCUAUCUGAGGACCUCUACCCUGACAUCAACGUAAUCACAGGGAUUCUAAAGGACUACCUGCGGGAGCUGCCAUCCCCCCUCAUCACUAGGACUCUGUACCAGGUGGUCCGGGAGGCCAUGACCCUACGACCCCCACCUGUCCAACCUGCAACACCUGAUCCCCAACUGUCCCAAAGGACCGUGGAGCUGCUGUCCUGUCUGCCACCUCCAGAAAGGGCCACUCUGUUGCUCCUGCUCGACCACCUCAGCCUCGUAGCAUCUUUGAGCGCCGCCAACAGGAUGACUCAUCAGAACCUCGCCGUGUGCUUCGGGCCUGUGCUCCUCACGCCAACCCAAGAUGCGUGGAGGGGGGGAGGAGGGAAGUCAGGAAGAGGAUCAACGAAGGGCUUCUAUCAUGGCGAGGAGAUGGCGAGCGCCGUGGACUUCAAACGGCACAUCGAAGCGCUGCACUACCUGCUGCAGCUGUGGCCAGUGCCGACUCAUCGAGCACCAGCCGACGCCAAUGCCUCGCCUCCUCCCUCCACCACCCCUCACCAGAAUCCCUUGGUGCAGCAGCAGCGGCAUCCUGCGUUGCGCCUGGCUCUACCACAGAGCCCUGAAGAGGAGGUGGUGGUGUCACGGCGAGGGCGUGGCGGUGUGGCCCGGCUGGAGAGUCCACCGCCAAUCAACAGGUACGCAGGAGACUGGAGCGUUUGCGGACAAGAGUUUCUGACCGGGCAGGAUGCCGAUUACGAUGAGGUGGCAGGAAGCGAGAGCGAUGCAGGGAGUGAUGAUGAAGACGAGGAGGAGAAGAAGAGGGCAUGGCCAACAGGAGGGGGCGGAGCUCUGUACAUGGAUGACUUCCUGGACUUUGACGCUCCGUUUAACUGUCGGCUCAGCCUGAAGGACUUUGACACGCUGAUUCACGACCUGGACCGCGAGCUCGCCAAACAGAUCUGUCUGUAGAGAAGGAGGAGGAGCAGGAGGAGGAGCAGGAGGAGGAGGAGGAGCAGGAGGAGGAGCAGGAGGAGGAGGAGGAGCAGGAGGAGGAGGAAGAUCUGACCUCAUUAAAUUUCAGAUCAGCUGA